CUAAUCAGAAACACGGCUUCACUUGUCUGCUCGUACCACACAUAUAUAAGAGCGGGAAUUUUACACAGCAAGCUGGUCAGAUAGUGUUUAAGUUAAAGAAAUCAAAUUAAGAAGAAGGAAAAAAAAAAAGGAGAGAGAUCGAAUAGUAGUAAUUGCAAAGAAAAUGGUGAGAACUCCAUCUAUUGACAAAACUGGAACAAAAAGAGGUGCAUGGAGUGAAGAUGAGGACAACAAACUAAGAGCUUAUGUUGAAAGAUUUGGUCAUCCCAAUUGGCGGCAAUUGCCUAAAUAUGCUGGUCUAAUGAGAUGUGGGAAGAGCUGCAGAUUGAGAUGGAUGAAUUACUUAAGGCCUGAUUUGAAGAAAGGGAAAUAUAGCCAUGAAGAAGAGCAACUCAUUAUUAAAUUACACAACGAACUUGGAAACAGAUGGUCAGCCAUUGCUGCAAAGCUACCAGGAAGAUCGGACAAUGAUGUGAAAAACCACUGGCAUGCUCAUCUUAAGAAACUUGUGAGAACAAAUACCAAUUUGUCAACAUCAAUGGAGCAAUCUUCAGAGUCUCUAUCUCAAAAUGAGCAAUCUUCUAAACUUUCAAGACAUGAAGGCUAUGAUAUGAAAGAGGUGCCACCUGCUAGUGCAGAUCUUGCUGACACAUCAUUUCCUCUAGAGGCUUCAUCAUCAAGUGAUAUAUCCAAGUUAAAUGGAAUGGACUGGAUUGAAGAAGAUCACAUUAGGACAAUGGAACAACUUUCAAGUAUCAAUUCAGUGGAACCACUUCCAGAUUCCUUUGACUACUUUUGCUGGAUAAAAUCCAUUGACAAUUUUCAGACAGAAACCUUUGAUAAUUUUUUGUCCGAACCAUUAUUCGACAAUUUCUGGACACAACCUUUCUUUUAAUUCUUUAUACCUCAUCAACCUUCAAGAAGGAUUUGAUACAUUCCAGGAGUUCAAGUUUUUGAAAGAACGACGAGGACAACUACAUGUGCUGACUGAAUGGCAUAUCAGAGAUUUUUUAUUUUUUAUUAUGCAUAUAAAAUAAUUGCUUAUCACAUAAUAACACUCUAUUGUACUUUGUAUCAAGCCUUGC